CGGAGUGUUUUGUUUUCCUUUCGGCAGUUUUCAGAAUGGUGAAGGUGGUGGUGGCGUAUUCAAUUCCCAAAGCCCACAGUGAUCAACAACCACCGCAGCAGGUGCUCACUGAUCCGGCAGGGACCAUCAUACUUCCCUUCUUCCCUUUCGCCGCUGCGUGAUCCUUAAAAAACUAGUUCGUAUCUCCUUGCAGAGGAUCAAUGUUACUUGAUUCCUACUACUACCGCGACAACUACGACUACUACUACCACACCUGAACUCCUCCUUCUCCUUGUCGACGAGAGCAUCUCACAACCAGUUAGUUCUCUUGUUUGGGUACCACGCUCGUGCAAGCAACUCGAGGGAUCCGCCUAGUUUUUCAUGGUUUGUCCUGCAGGUUUUUAUCGUGUUGCACAGUGUUUGAUCACGUCCGUCUUCAUCCAGUGUUGUGGACAUUUACUGUCUGGUUGUGUCGUUCACCUCGGGGACCUGUUGUGGUUCAUCCGGGUUUUGGAUUCGAUGCUCGGCUGGCAUUCUGAAACAAUCCGGAGUUUCCGUAGCCUGCAUUGUUUUUUGAGAGAACUGCUCCACGUUGACCCCCCCCCCCCUUGCAGCAAGGUGCUAGAUUUAUUUUAGGUACUGUGCGUGGGGGGUUUUUAUUUUAAUAAAAUUAUAUGUAUUAUUUUAUUCUUCUGUUUCGUGUUGCAUGGUCUUGUAGAUCUGCGCUCCUCAUGUUGGUUCGCGCAAGUUCUGUCAACACACAGAGAAGUGACCCUUGCAUUUCAGAGCUAGCUCUUGAUUUCGAUCACCGGUGACUGAAGUGGAUCGAUUGUGGUAUUACCGACCUGGUCGGCGAUUUCACGACUCGCAGCGUUAUCAACUCAGAGGGUUGUUUUAUUUUUCUUCUUUUUUUCUUACGUCUUCCAAGAUGCUGACUGGUAGAUUGGUCCUAAUCAGUUGAGAGAUUCAUCUUAACAUCUUACCACCGAAGCUCUCUGUGGGUAGUAGAGAAGAAUGAGCAAGUUGCUUCGGAGACGACUCGGACUUGCAACCGCGCAUCCCAUCGUUUGUGAUUCACGUGGCGGAGUCUCUUGGUAACCUUUGGAAUUGGAGAAUCAGAACUUGGAAUAUCCAUCUAUUUACAAGUGCCAGGCAGUGGUGUGUCUUUAAUCUUUCAUCAAGCGACAACGACGAUCUGGCUGCUUCUCCUCCUGUCAUCAAAAUGUAUUCUAUCAAUUGGCAGCAGUAACAUCGAUCACCGCGCAGUUCGAAGUAUAUUGCGUUAGUGGUUAUUUUUUUAUUUUAUGAGCUCCGAAAUGGUACAGGUAUCGAAUCCGCCUGUGCCCCCCGUUCAUGCAACGUCCCCCCGACCUGCGAGAGAAAUGGAAAGGAUCAUGUGGAUGAACGGGGGCAACGGGGAGACAAGCUACGACCGCAUGUCGGUGGUACAGGCGUACGCUCUCAAGAGCUUGCAACCCUCUCUCGCCGAAGCUGUCCACAUUAUGAAUCUCCACAUCAACCCUAGUCUCCUCCGAAUAGCCGACUUCGGAAGCGCCACGGGUCGCAACUCGUUAGCGUGCAUGGACUUUGUGGUGGCGUGUAUUCGUCGAGAGUACCAGUCCCGCAACUCACUCAUGCCGGAAAUUCAAGCCUUCUUUAACGACUUGCCAGCGAAUGAUUUCAACACUUUGUUUAGCUUGCUGCCACCAAUGAAGGGGGCAGAGGAACCAGGAGCCGGAUUGGUACGAGAGUACUUCGCGGCUGGUGUUCCGGGAUCCUUUUACCGGAGGCUAUUCCUUCGCGACAUCCCUGCACUGUUUGCAUUGGAUUUCACAGAUACCAGCAGAGGUAACGGACCCAGAGUCGGAGCUGUACAAUCGAGGGUCAUGUUGGAUAAUGGGGGGCAAGCCUUCGAUUGCACAAGCGUUCGCCGAACAGAGCAAGACGGACCUCCGCAAGUUUCUACAGUGCCGCGCCGCUGACUGGUGCCGGGCGGCAUUCUGCAUUGCUAUCUGUCCGGGCGAGCUGAUUGCGCUGACCCCACCAAUCAAACCAUUCCUGAGCGGCAACACCGCUUCAUGACCGGGUAUGACUUCGAAGGUGCAUGGGAUGAUCUCAUUGAGGAGGGUAUAAUUACGGAAGAGACUUGGGACGCAUUCAACUUGCCGAUCUACAUUCCAUCUUUGGAGGAAAUCCAAGACUGCAUAAACACAGUCGGUGGAUUUGAGGUAAUUCGCCUGGAGCAUUUGGAAGAUUUAGAACUGUAUUCCGACGAUGCUCGCAUGAGGAUGCUCCAGGAACCGAAGAAAUGUGCCAAGUUCUCCUCAUGGGUGCGGUCUUUAGUAGAGCCGCUGAUGGUUGUGCAUAUGGGUUCUGAGUGCACCGACGAAUGGUUUCUGCGUCACGAACGGCGAGUUGCCACUCGUUGUCGGUCCAUGCUUCACAAUCGUCAAGAACAAGAACAUUACAAGUUUCUCAGUGCUGAUUUUUUGCUAGUGGUAUUGAAGAAGUUGUAAUCUAUUGUUCUUUCUUCUCUUCAUGGUGCCAUUGUAUUGCAACUUGACAAGUUUGGCUAAAAACAAUACAGGCGUACGUACAACAUAUGAUUCGGUCUUGGAAUAAACAUUGAUAGAAGAAAACUGUUUCUCUGACUUCAAUGUGAUUGUCAGGAAUGAAAAUACUCCUCUAGAAAGUCGAUACAGUGCAAGCAAAUAUCACAUCCUCUCUGCCCAUAACCACCUAAUACUUCAGAUACACAUUACAACGGUCACCUCGUAGGCCCCCUAUCUCUUGCAUGGAAGAUUAAUACUCAGUAUAAUGCUUGUUAUCAGAUGUAUUCAUAUCGUAUUUCAUUACGUGUCCAUUGACCUUAAGUAACAUAUGAUAUUUCUUUCUGCAAUGUUCGUGUAGAAGUCAAACCAUUUAGAAUGUG